AUGGGGUUAGCCGGCCCUCGAAAGAGGACCAAAAUCUCCCACGACCCCAACAAUACAGCUUGGUCCCGCUCGACUUCCGGUUAUGGCCACAAGAUCAUGAGUGCCCAGGGCUGGACGCCUGGCAGCUUCCUAGGGGCCUCCAACGCCGCCCAUGCGGACCACUUCACCGCCGGCAGUGCUGGCCAUAUCCGUGUCAUUCUAAAGGAUGAUAAUCUAGGACUGGGCGCCAAACUUCGUGCGGAGGACGAGCCAACUGGCUUGGAUGCUUUCCAGGGAUUACUGGGCCGGCUUAAUGGAAAGAGUGAUGAGGAGCUGGAAAAGGAGCAGAAGAAAAGACAUGCCCGGCAGCUGGCUAAUUUUGUUGAGAAAAGGUGGAAGACAAUGCAGUUUGUGAGCGGGGGUCUACUGGUGCAUGAGAAAAUCCAGGCGCUUGCGGAUGUGAAGAGCGCUGGUGGUGAGGAAGUACAAACGCCUCAAAUCUCGCAUGAUGAAUUGAAAUCGGAGAAAAGGCCGAAGAAGGCACGCAAGAAGGAGAAACGAAGAGCCAGGGGUGAUGAUACUGGCUUGGAUCUUGCUGAGCAAUCACCAAAGAGGAAAAGGAAGGAUAAGAAAGAGAAAAAAAAGAAGAAAAAGUCAAGCGAUGGCUCCUCGUGUGCUGAUCAGGGGACAUCCUCAGGAGAUGCACUCGUCGAUAAAAUCCAAAAAAAGCGGAAAAAACGAAAACAAAAGGAUCCAGAACCUAGUAAUACAGAAAUACACGAUGAUUAUUUACCUCCAGAUACCCGCUCUGCGCCACAGGAAGAACAAGAGUCAAGAUCUUCAGCGAAAAAUGAGAGUAUCCGCAAGAUUAGGGAGCAUAGGCCGAUGGGUCGCCAGUUUACCCGGGGUCGGCAUAUACAGCAAAAGAAGCUGGCUCUGAUGGAUUCGAAAUCUAUCAGCGAGAUAUUUAUGGUGAAGUGCUAG